UCCAAUUUAAAUAGACGACUAUGUGGAGCUUGGAAAACUGGAUUCUGCUGGGUCUCCUAAUCCUCUUUGCUCCUAUUGACUGCUGGAAAUUGCCACCGAACGCAUGCACCGCCAAUGGAACUCGAGCAGAAUGUCCUACAUCAUGUCCUGACUCCUGCGAGUUCUACGGCUUAGGAUUUUGCAAUAAAAUGUGUGGAGCUCCAUGUGUAUGUAAGCCAGGAUAUGUGAUUAAUCCAAAAAUUCCAGCCUGUGUCCUGCUCUCCGAUUGCCCAAAAGAUGUAAUUAGAAAGCCAACUGGGGGUAGAGUAAUUCGCCACUUCAAAUGUUUUAGUAUGAAUAAGGAGUGUUUAAUACCACAGUAAAUGGUGAUAUAUACACAUUGAUUCAAAUAUUUUUGGUACGGAUUUACCCUUACGAACUGCUAUAUUUUUUUCCUUCCGACUAGAAAUUGACAAAUCUAUGAUUGAUUUUCUAUGGAGCUGGAGAUAUUACGCUCAACACAAUUCUCAGUUAUAUUCAGGCAGUGGAACUAAAUUAGUUUAAGACCAUUAAUUAUAUUCGUUUCUUCACAUUACAUCUUGGUUACUUUUUUAAAGAAAGAAAUUGAUAAAACACUUUAGGAUAUAUUUUAAUUAAAAGGCAACGUGAGCCAAAAUUAUUAUGUGGAAGUUGGAAAUAUUUGCCGUCGUGGGAUUGAUCAUUUGCUCGGUUAUUAAUUGCUAUGUUGAGAAGAUCGACUGCACCAUAAAUGGAACCCAGGCCGAUUGUCCCACAGCUUGUCCAGAAACUUGUAGGUACAUGGGCAAGGACAACUGCCUUUUGAUAUGCGGAGGUCCUUGUGUCUGCAACCCAGGAUAUGUUAUCAACCGGGAUAUUCCCGCAUGCGUCCUUCGCUCCGAUUGCCCACACGAUAUAAUACAGGAAAGAGGAGGACGUAGAAUGUCGAAUUUCGAUUGCUUUAGUGGAGUAAAUACUUGUAGUGCUCUAAAAAAUUAAUUCUUAUUAAAAUAGUUUAUAGGCCUAUUGACAUUACGAGACGAUACACAUAAAAAUACACAAUAAUAAAAUUGUAUUAUAUUUUUUAAAACAAAA